CUACACAGAAAAGCCGUCGCCUACUCGCCUCCGGCCAAAAAACUGACUCCACACACGACCCAAAUCUUUUCCUCUCCACAGGCGACUCCCAACGCAACAGCAGCUCGUCGAGCGAGUCGUCGCCGGCCGGCCGGUAUAUACGCAAGAAAGCCAAGAAAAACACUUCUGCCUCUUCCUCCAUAUCCAAGAACCAAAGGUAGCUAGCUAGCCGCGACUCGUUGGCUAGACGAUUCAAGCAGCAGCGCAGGAUGGUGGCGCCGGUGGUGAUUGCGUCGGCCGGGCUGGGCAUGCUGGCCGGCGUGGCGAUGGCCAACCGGUCCCUCGGGAACGGGCUCCCGGCGGCCUCCAGGUGGGACGCGCGCCCGCGCUGCGCCACGUGCGGCGGCUCCGGCCGCGUGGAGUGCAUCUGCAACCGCUGGUCCGACGGCGACUCCGGCUGCCGGACCUGCGCUGGGUCGGGGAGGAUGCCCUGCCGCAGCUGCGGCGGCUCCGGCACGGGCCGACCGCUCCCUGCACGGCUCACCGUCCAGCACCAGAAGCCGCCGCCGCCGCCGCCGCCCGGCUACAACUGAUCGAUGGUGGAUGAUUAGGUAUCCGUAUCCGUGGAUUAUAUACUUCUCGCGGGCGAUUUGCGAUGCGACCCAUACAAGAAAGAAAUCAGUUAAACUGCGAUAUGAUGCGCUCUAGCUAGUUAAUCAUAUAUACAUAUAUACACGUCCGAUCCAUUCGUGUGGAUGACAUCCAUGUUGCAUAUGUACAAGUACAUGUCUCUUCUUCAAGAGUCAAGACUAGCUGUAAUUGAGCUGAGCAUACUUGGUGUUGCUGUUGUUCAGUUAAUUUGCAAAAACGCACAACACAAGAAAGAAGGAGAAAAAAAACAGAGUGGAAAUGUUUUUUUUUUAAGAUCUGGAGAACAACAUGAUUGAGAAGGGAGGGAAGGUGAUUCUGAGCACAGUUUUGUUGGAAAGGCUGUAGUUAAUUCUGGUGGAUGUAAUAUAUUAUAUGUAUGUAUAUGCUUAGAUUCGUUAAUAUAUAUGCAUAUAUAUGCACCCACAUGAAUAUGAUUUACAGA